AAAUAAAGCAGCUUACUGCAGGUCACACACACACACACACACACACACACACACACACACAAACACACACACACACACUCACACCUCACACACAGACACUCUCGUUGUGGUUCCUGUCACAAAACCCAGCUGCCACAGGAAUCAUGUACGUCAAGUCAACACUGUGCAUCCUGCUCUUCAUCUCUAUCCAGGAGGCGUCCCUGCAGGAUGAAGAGUACUAUGAAGACGAGCUACAGCCUCUGGACUGUUCCACGACAGAGAGCGUCAAAGGUGGACACGUCACCUACUCUCAGGGGGGGCUGGAGGGCAGUGUGCUGACCUUUCACUGUGGCCCAGGGAAAUACCCUUUCCCCGUCAGCUACAGGCUCUGCGGUGCCGACGGGGAGUGGUCGCUCAUGAGAUUAGCCAAUGGCCGACUGGUGCCACGGGCCACAUGCAAAGAUGUGCUGUGUCCCGGUCAGCUCCAGCUGGACCACGGCGACUUUUGGCCCAGGGACCAGUGGCUCCGGGUCGGGACAACGCAGAGCUUCUCCUGCCUGGAAGGGUUCACCCUGUCCGGGUCGGCCCAGAGGAACUGCACCCUGACUGGAGAGUGGACAGGAACCGCUCCUGUCUGUGACAACCACGCUGACGACUGUAGCGACCCGGGGAUCCCACCAGGGGCCCAGAGGUCAGCGGGUCGGUUUUACACGGGAGAGAAGGUGGUCUACCGCUGUCAGGCCGGUCUGGAUCUGCUCGGCUCGGCUGGGAGGGUUUGCCUGGAGAACAGGGAGUGGAGCGGCUCGACACCGAGGUGCCAAGGUCCGGCCACCUUUGACUCCCCCAGCGCUGUGGCCGAAGCCAUGGCAGGGUCACUCGCAGGAGUCAUGGACGUCGUAUCACUAGACUCCAAAAGGAAAACCGCAAGAUCCUUUGGCCGAACCGUCCGUGUGGCCGACGGCAGCCGCAUGAAUGUCUACAUUUUACUGGACACGUCCGGAAGCAUCAAAAAGCAGGACUUUGAAUUGUCCAGGAAUGCCACCAUUGCUCUUAUCAGAAAGUUGGACAGCUACGAGGUUCAGUUGAAGUUCCACGUGUUGUCGUUCGCCAGCAAGGCCAAAGUCAUCGUAGACAUCAAACAAACGGAUAUAAGUAGUAGCACCGAGGACGUCAUAUGGAAUCUGAUGGAGUUCGACUACCUCAGCCACGGGAGUCAGACGGGCACCAACCUCCACUCGGCGCUGCACAGUGUCAGCGAGGUGAUAAGCUUCUUCAAGCAGAACAGUGCCCGCAACCAUUUCAACGAGACUCAGAACAUCAUCAUCAUAGAAACAGACGGUUACUCCAACACGGGCGCCAAGCCUCAGAUAGCUCUGGAGAAGAUCCGGCACCUGCUGGGCUACGGCAACUCGGCCCACGAUCACACGGACGAGACGAUGCUCGACAUCUACGUAUUUGGUGUUGGGGACCAGUUGAAAAAAGAGGAGUUGAACUCAAUCGCCUCCCAGAAACGUGGCGAGAAACACGUCUUCGUUCUGAAAGACUUUGAGACGCUGGGAGAGGUGUUCAACAGCAUCAUCAGCGACAAGAGUGUGACGAUGUGUGGCGUGGCUCAGGAGCAACAACAGAAGGACGGGGCGUCGGUCUACACCGAGCCCUGGCACGUCACUCUGAAAGCGCCCGAAUGGGGGCUAAAGAAGUCGUGUUCCGGAUCCAUCGUGAGCCAGAACUGGGUGCUGACCGCUGCUCACUGUUUUGCCAGAGCGAGCACAGACAAAGUCCCCGAGCGAGUGGACAUAACACACGGUGGUGGCGUCGCGAGGGCCAGCCAGGUGAUCAUGCACCCCGAGUACAACAUCGACGCACUCCGACGCAGAAACGUGUCCGAGUUUUACGACUACGACGUCGCUCUGGUGCGCGUGAACAGGAGCAUUCCGCUCUCCUGGAAGGCCAGACCCAUCUGCUUGCCGUGCACCGUACCGGCGAGCCGAGCCAUGAAAACAGUCAACUCUACCUGUCAACAGCACAGGAACGCAUUACUGCCACACGAGGAGACCGCGGCCUUUUUCAUCCACAAGAACUUGGAACGCAAAGAAACACACGUCCACACAAAGGGUCGGAGGCCUGGCUGUGUGGAGAAGGCGAGGCAAACCCUCCAAGAGCCCACCGAUGUGACUCUGGCAGAGUACGUACCCGACCGAUUCCUCUGCUCUGGGGGAACGUCCGGGUAUCAGGAUGCUGUCACCUGCAAAGGUGACUCUGGUGGAUCCCUGUUUCUGCAGAAAAGAAAACGCUACUUUCAGGUGGCAGUGGUGAGCUGGGGCACCACAGACAUGUGUGACCCACUCAGCUCAGGUUGGAGGCGACAAGGCAGCGACAGGCCGCCGCCUCCCGAUGCUCGAGACUUUCACAUCGAUCUGUUCAAGAUCGUGCCGUGGCUGAAACUACAUCUGGGCGAGCAGAUCCAGUUCCUGCCCGACGUCAGCUGAUUCAGGAUCAGUCCGCUGGGAUCGACUUGGAAAGCGGCAUAAUAAACACCACGCAGAACUCACCAGAGCUCAGUGUGGAUUGAUGUAGAGCUGCAACAGCUAAUCGAUUAAUCGUUUAGAAAUCGACUACUAAAUUAAUCGUCAACUAUUUUGAUAAUCGAUUAAUCAGUAGUUUUUAUGAAAAAAAGGUCAAAAUUCUCUGAUUUCAGCUUCUUAAAUGUGAAUAAUUUCUGGUUUCUUUGCUCUUCUGUGACAGUAAACUAAAUAUAUUUUGUGUGUGGACAAAACAAAACAUCAUCUUGGAGUUUUGGGAAACACGAUCGACAAUUUAGAUAUAACCGUCAUAUAUUCAAAUGGAAUUCCCUUUCAAUAAAUCAAACAUUAUAUAUUGA